CAGAAAAAAAUAAAAAAUAAAAAAUUGUGUAUUGUUGAAAAAUCGAGAGAAUAUCUGCAAUCGAACGAAGAGGAAAUAUUUUGAGUUAAUAUGUGUGGUGGAGCUAUAAUAUCCGAUUUCAUAUCUCCUGCGGGCCGAUCUUCCCGCCGGCUGACGGCGGAGCUGCUCUGGGGCAGCGGCUGUGCCGAUCUGAGCAAGAAGAAGAAUCCGGGGAGCUACCGCUCCAAGCCUAGGAGAUCUGAGCCGGUCGUCGAUUUGGACGAUGAUUUCGAGGCUGAUUUUCAGGAUUUUAAGGAAUACUCCGACGAUGAAGGCGAGGUCGAUGUGAAGAAACCGUUCUCUUUCUCUGCUUCAAAGAGUUCUGCUGUGAAAGCUUUGAAGCCUUUGGAUGCUUCUCAAUCUGACCAUGAGGAAAACGACAAGUCUUCCAAAAGAAAGAGGAAGAAUCAAUACAGAGGCAUUCGCCAGCGCCCGUGGGGCAAAUGGGCUGCUGAGAUUCGUGACCCGAGAAAAGGAGUUCGAGUCUGGCUCGGCACUUUCAACACUGCCGAGGAAGCUGCACGGGCCUAUGAUGCCGAGGCCCGCAGGAUCAGAGGCAAGAAAGCAAAGGUGAAUUUCCCUGGAGAUAUUCAAAAACUGGUUAUUAAGGAAAGCCCGGACUCUGUACAGCCCAGCCCAAACCAGACUGCGAAUUUCCCGAAUAUGCCGAAUGACUGCUAUGACUCGUUGGGCUUUCUUGAGGAAAAACCACAGAUGAAUAAUAAUCAGUUUGGAUCUAUAACUGAGGUAAAACCAACUGAGGGCACAAAUGUCUAUUUCAGCUCAGAUCAGGGGAGUAACUCUUUCGACUGCUCGGAUUUCACCUGGGGUGAAAACUGUGCAAAGACUCCUCCUGAAAUCUCAUCUGUCCUCUCUGCUGUGAUUGAGGAUGACCAGGCCCAAUUCGCAGAAGAGAAUGAUGUUGGGCCUGUGAAGAAAUCUAAAUCCAGCCCAGAGGAAAUUAUUGUGUCUGGUGAUGGAAAUGAUGAUCUCUCGGAGUUCGAUUCUCAGUUGAAGCUGUUUCAGAUGCCUUAUUUCGACGGGAAUUGGGAUGCCUCGAUUGAUGCCUUCAUGAACGGGAACGAGAUGGAUCUUUGGUCUUUCGAUGGGGCUUACUGAAGCUAUUUGCUCGUCUUUGCCUCUAUUCUUUUUCUGUGUGUUUGUUGCUAAGCAAAUGGAAGAGGGCAAACAGUAAAGCUUUGCUUAAAGCUAAGAAUGAUGGUGUUUUAUUUAAUAGGGUGCUCUUGUUAUUGUGCAGUAAUAACUAGGGUUUUGAAUCUACUGUGUGUUUUUCAAAAGACUGCAAAGUUUGAGUGGUGAUUUUAAGAUUAUGCCUGUAUGGGAUUGAUAUACUUUUGAUGGGAACUUAUGCUGUAUAAUAUAACUAUCUGUUUCUGUGUUCAUCUCUUUGGUUGACUUCUAAUUUGCAAUUUUGCAUGUUGAUCCAUUUGUUCUGGGGCCAUUUGUGAAAUUAUGAAGACUUGCAGGAUGAAUAUGAAAUCAAGUUGAGGGAAGGUGGGAGUGGAGUCACCUGUCAUAUAGACAAGCAAUGUCAAAAGUCAUUUUCUAUUUUUCAAUUGUUGAUGAAAAGAAAGGUCUCCUUGAAAACGAAGUCAUUUUCAAUUUUUCACUCUUUUCAUUUUUGGACAAAAUUUUAGAAGCACUAGAAAAUAAUCUUUCUUAUUAUCUAUAAAAAUAAUUUUUCUUGUGAGGGUACAAUUCGAUUACUG